GUUUUCCAGCAACGUCAGUUUAUCACAAAUAGUUGUAGCCGACGACCGGUGUUUUCUCGGUUUUUUUCGUUUGAAUGAAAUAAGUUGGAUGUCGAAUAGCUGCAAGAUGAAGCAGUGUUCUUUAUUUAUUAUAGCCCUUUUUGUAUUCAUCGGAUGUGUAAAAUGCGAGGAACCCGGAGAGCCUUCGGUGGAAAAAGUUGAUUUAGAUUUGGGCGCAAGCAGAGACGGUUCCAGAACAGACGAUGAAGUCGUUAAAAGGGAAGAAGAAGCCAUUAAACUCGACGGUCUCAACGUUGCUCAGCUCAAAGAAUUACGAGAAAAAUCUGAAAAGUUUCAAUUCCAAACUGAAGUCAAUAGAAUGAUGAAACUUAUCAUCAAUUCUUUAUACAGGAAUAAGGAGAUUUUCUUGAGAGAAUUGAUUUCGAACGCGUCCGAUGCCUUGGACAAAAUCAGGCUGUUGUCCCUAACAGAAAAGAGCGUGCUGGACGCACAACCGGAGAUGAACGUUCGAAUAAAAGCCGAUAAAGAAUCGGGAAUGCUGCACAUUACAGACACUGGUAUCGGAAUGACGAAGAAAGACCUGGUGAACAACUUAGGUACCAUCGCGAAAUCCGGUACGGCCGAGUUCCUGAGUAAAAUGCAGAGCCCCGACAGUUCGCAGGACAUGAACGAUAUGAUCGGUCAAUUCGGUGUGGGAUUUUACUCGGCUUUCUUGGUAGCCGAUAAAGUUAUCGUAACGUCUAAACACAACGACGACAAGCAGUACAUCUGGGAGUCCGAUUCGUCUUCUUACAGCAUCGUAGACGAUCCCCGAGGGGAUUCCUUGAAACGUGGUACCACCGUCAGUUUGCAAUUGAAACCCGAAGCUAAAGAUUUCUUGGAGCACGAUACUAUUCGUACGUUAGUUAAGAAGUACUCGCAAUUCAUCAAUUUCCCGAUAUACUUGUGGACCAGCCACACCGAAACCGUAGAAGAACCGUUGGAUGAUGAAGCAGCCGAAGAAACCCCUGCGACUGCUGAUGAAGAUGAUGCGGCCGUGGAGGAGGAAAAAGAUGAAGAGAAAUCUAAGACCAAGAAAGUGGAAAAGACCGUUUGGGAUUGGGAGCUGUUAAACGACAGCAAACCUAUUUGGAGCAGGAAGCCUUCCGAAGUCGAAGAUAAAGAGUACGAUGAAUUCUACAGAGCUUUAACCAAAGAUACCAAAGAUCCUCUUACAAAGAUCCAUUUUGUCGCCGAAGGUGAGGUUACCUUCAAAUCGUUGCUUUACGUUCCGGAAGUCCAGCCAUCAGAGAGUUUUAACAGAUACGGUACGAAAACGGACAAUAUUAAAUUGUAUGUCAGACGCGUCUUCAUCACAGACGAAUUCAACGAUAUGAUGCCGUCUUACCUCAGCUUUAUUCGAGGAAUCAUCGAUUCCGAUGAUUUACCUUUGAACGUAUCUCGAGAAACGUUGCAACAACACAAAUUAAUCAAGGUUAUCAAGAAGAAACUCGUCCGUAAAGUGCUUGAUAUGCUGAAAAAGCUCUCUGAAGAAGAUUACGAGAAAUUCUGGAAAGAAUUUUCGACCAACAUUAAAUUGGGAACCAUCGAAGAUCCGGCUAAUCGCACGAGAUUGGCCAAACUCUUGAGAUUCCUUACUUCAAACGGUUCCGGCACCACCAGCUUGGCCGAUUACGUGGAGAGAAUGAAACCGAAACAAGAUAAAAUAUUUUACAUCGCCGGAUCUUCAAAGGAAGAAGUCGCCAAAUCGCCUUUUGUCGAAAGACUUUUGCGCAAAGGAUACGAAGUUUUGUACUUGGUGGAAGCUGUAGAUGAAUACGCCAUCUCGGCAAUUCCCGAAUACGAAGGAAAGAAAUUCCAAAACGUCGCCAAGGAAGGUUUCAGCCUUACCGAAGCGGAAGGAGGCAAAGAGCAAUUGGAAGAAUUGAAGAAAUCCUUCGAACCUCUCACCAAAUGGCUAGGCGAUGAUGCUUUGAAAAACGACAUCUCUAAAGCCCAAGUAUCCGAAAGGUUAAGUGAUUCACCAUGCGCAUUGGUAGCUAGUCUGUUCGGUUGGACCGGAAACAUGGAACGUUUAGCGGUGUCGAAUGCCCACCAAAAGGCGGACGAUCCUCAAAGAACCUACUACCUGAACCAGAAGAAGACCCUGGAAAUCAACCCAAGGCAUCCAUUGAUGAAGGAACUGCUUAAGAGGGUCAUCGAUGAUCCCAGCGAUCCCACCGCUAAAGAUAUGGCGAAAAUGAUGUUCAGAACGGCCACUUUGAGGUCCGGUUACAUGUUGAAGGAAACCGCCGAAUUCGCCCAGUCUAUAGAAACUAUGAUGAGGAAGACGCUGGGUGUGCCGCUCGACGAGCAGGUGGAAGAAGAGGAAGAUAUCACGUCGGAGGAGAGUAACGGAGAUGCGGAAGAAAUCGAUGCUGAUGAAUCUAAAGAUGAUGAUGAUCACGAUGAACUAUAAGUGUUUGUGAAUUAGCGUGUGGAUGUACAAGUAAUUUGUAUGUCGUUUAAAGACUGUAAUAUUGAUUUUUUUUGUACUAUUUUUUUGUUUCUCAUUAAAAGCCAUUAUUUAUUUUCUUAAAGUGAUGUAAUUUAGGUUAUUUGGAAAAUAAGAUGAACAUUAA